UAUUUCAGAUUACGAACAAUGGAUGCCAAAGUUCGGUGGCAUCGAGCUACAACUUCCGUUUCCAUCUAACGAACAUACUUGGGCCUUCGUAAUACGCCCUAGUUCGCCUGCUAUAUCGCCUCUUCUGCGCCCAGUGGCACAGAUUAUUCGGUAUAUCCUCGAGAUUGUGCAUCGUCCGACCCGAACGGCAAAUCAAUUACGCAUCUUUUCCCUUGGUUUCACCCAUUUACUACCAGGCUAACCGUAGCCUGGGUCGCGACGACUUCACGAUGCAUCAGACCCCCCGCGCCCCGCCUCGCACAGCCUCGCCCGCCUUAUCGUCCCAGACAAACCCCACAAGAACCAACAACCAGAGAGAUCCAGCAAGUCCCAGCAGUCGCCCGUCGUCUAGACCAGGCUCCAGGACUCAGGAAGGGACGAUAACGGGGGCAAGCAGCGGUAAUCGCGGUGAUGCAGGCGGUCCUACUCGAGAGUCCAUCAAGAAAUUGGACCAGAUCAUUCAGAAUAUCUACUCGAAGGCAGGCACCGUCAUCCUGCAGGCACGCAUACAGGUAACUCCGGUUCUUGUGGGUAGGUCCCACGAGAAGAGAACAAGUCGAUGGUUCCAACUCGAUACGGACGAAAUCGAUGAUUUCCGAGAAGAGUUUCGCAUAUGGAAACAAUGCGGUGGAUUCGAAAAUCGACCCCCUCCGUUAGUUAUCGAGACCUACCUUGAUGCGUCUUGGUUGAAGGGCGGUCAGAGCCUAGUAGUUGUAGACGAAAAUGGGAAACGGUGGGAUGUCGUUGAAGCUCUCAACUCUUCCGAUCAGUUCAGCGAUAGCAGCUCUGGUCGUCAGGGUGAGCCCAUUACGCAGCUUGUAUUAGAACGGUGGCGUGUUGAUUUGAAAGGGCCAAAUCCUGAGAAAUCAGAUGACUUUGGCCUUUUACUUCCCACGGUAUACAAGAAGGCUAUUGUCCUAAUGCGAUCAAUAUAUACGACUACCGGUAUCUUGCCCGCGUGGAAACUCGCCAGGAACUCUAAGACCAAAGGCAGCCAUCCCGCAUUGUCAAUCCGCUGCCGAGUCUUUUCAGGUGAGGUUCCAGCCUAUGGGUCCGGCACCCGAAUCUUUUCAACUGAGCCUCCAGGCUAUGGGUCCGACACUCUGAGGAUGCCGUUAUAUAGUGGAAGGGGGGAUGUUUCUACGGAUUGUGUCUUUGGCGACCUCGAAAUCCCUGUGGGGCGUUUCUAUGUUUCUGUCUCUUACCGCAACAACUGCAAUUUCCAAGUGGUUGAGACUGAAUCUUUACUAAGUUCCCGUAUCGGUAUGGCAAUCUCUGAUGAUAUGUUUAAGCCGUCGCUACCCCGUCGUGGUCAUGGACGCUACGAGUCAUAUGCCCCCGAAGUUGGGUCGCUUCAAUACCACCGCCACGCACCUGACGUCACAAAGAACCAGCAACGAUAUGGUAGCUUAUCCACCUUUCAUGGCGAAGGGCCCGUUGGCACAAGCCCAAUUUCGGCGUUAAAAGCUGUCAAGGCCCCAGGCUCGGAUACCAGCUCGCCGCCCGAGUCUAGACCUGCGAGCAUUGAAGCUCCCCCCCACACUCUCCCUAUUACCGGACCUGCUCGGCGACCAUCUCUUAGAGGGUUAGACGGACCGAGGCGUCCGUCUGUCUCCUUCCAGUCAUCACCCUUUAAGCAUGGCUCCCUUUCGAGCUCGCCCGCCACUCGAUUACAGGACCAAGAUGUUCCGCCGUCACCGCAUUCCCUCAACCGGACUUCGGGUUUAAGCGCACACGUGAGGAAUCGUUCCUCACUAACAGCUGGAAUGGCAGCUUCCUUACGAGGAGUACCACCUCCAACUGCAGCAGAUAACUCUGUUGCAAGCUCGCCGAGGCCAUCAGUCUCUAAUCGGUUUAGUAGUAGCUUCACGCAUCGUCGUAGCCGGCCAUCUAUUAGCACCGCUAAUAAAGAUGACGAUCAGAACAGCAGCGGCAAGCAAAGUCUCUCGUCGUCCAUUGUACAACCUGGCUCCGGUUUAUUUAACGAACUUGGGGCGGGUGGCAGCUCUGGAUCCUUCCAGACCGAUGAUGAUAAUAUUCAGGAUUUCUUGAAGCUGAUUGAAAGCAAGAGAACACUACAAAGUUUCGAACCUAGCAAGAAGGGAGAAUCGGCCACUAAAAGAACGGCCGCUCAGCUGUCUAAAUUUCAUCUUAUGCGCGAGUCGAAUAAUGCGCUCACUGAAUCCAUGAACUCGUCUAUGCAAUUACACCGUUCUUCCAGCUCCUCGAGUCGGCAAUUAGCCAAUGUGCCAGGGAUGUCGACAUCAUCAUCUCCGGGGAAACCGUUAUCACCUCAUACUCCGCAUACGCCGGCCAUUCCAUCACGGUUGAGCGAAAAUUCAAGUGUCGACUACGCGCCAACCGCAAGGGUUACGUCGCGGUCGCGCAAUGUCGAAGACCUCGCGGAAGAGCCAGUCAGUGUACAAGCCACCCAUGAGGGGACUACUGCGAUCGAUAUUCCUACCUCUCCGCGGCCUUAUCCGCACGGAAGGCGAUCGAGCUCUGUGGCUCAUCAAAACCGCGCAUUGGUUGACGAUGAUGAUGUGGAUGCGCAUCGUAGCAUCAGUCUCGGCGCGGAUGACCGCGAGCCGCCUAGUCUGAGCGUUUUGCUGGGAUUAGGUGCUGCUGAAGCUAAUAGCGCGGUAGAUACGCCCGAGUUACAAUCCCCUGCCGAUAUUAGGGCAACGAAUUUGCCGGAUACGCUGGGACAGGAAUCGGAAUCCAUCGAACGAGAAGUCCGGCCUCCCGGUGGUCUUUACACUGGAUUUUCCAGUUCACCCUAUACUAGACGUUAUGGCAAUAGCAUUGGCCGGGGGAUAACGCCUCCCCAUUCUGGAAGCGGCAGUCUAGCAGGAUCCAGUGGUAGAUUCGGUAGAGGUUAUUCACGCGGAGGCGCUACCGGCUUAGGUGUGGCGGGCAACGUCGCGGACGAGACCGAUGAUGAGCCCCUUCUUUUCGACAUGUCGGAGAUCACCCGCGAACAAUCACGUCGCAGUCUUGAGGAGGCUAGGGGCGGCGGCAGCGUGGGAUCUACAGGUGACAGGGGAGGAUACGAAACAAGCCAUAGGAGCCGCCGUUGGUAAAAACUUCGUAUCCUACUACACCCGCCUACAACCUUAUAUGGGUAUUUCAUUUCGUUGAGAUAGAUUGCUUUGUAAUGCUUGGCUUGGUCGUGGAUUGAUGAUAUAUGCAUGGAAUAGGAACUCGUUAGGUGGCGGCGGGUUUUUUCAUGCUGCUGGACACGGAUACGUCCUCUGAGAUCUACUGCACCUACAGAUUGCCAUUGUUGUUUCCUGGAUGGCGCGG